AUCUUGCGGCGCCGACGACGACCGUCAUGCGAGGAACACUGCCGGCGCUCGCCCUCAUAUGGCUGAGCCUGGGAUAUGUGGAUGGCAGUGGAUGUGUCAUGACGCAAGACUGCGUGAACCCUGGCAACAUCCCCGACUACGACGCAUGCAUCCCGAAGGCCCUCGCCUCGGUGGCCCCACCCAUGCCCAUGCGCGGGGAUGGAUGGGCGACAGUCACGGGCGGCGGUACAUGCAAGGCAGACACCGAUUGCCACCAGGGCACUUGCGUCAAGAAGGCCUGCGUCUGUCGGAACGACGGCGUGACGGCUGGCGCCCACUGCGACGACUUUGCGAUCCAGUGCCCCGAGUACGAAAGCUCGGCGUGCUGCUCGUGGCAGCAGAACCGAGCGCUUGCUGACAACUUUAAGCUCAUUGCGACCAUGUUUGGUCGCAAUAGCGCCGGCGGCUGCGAUGCAUGCGCCGCCAACAUGAUGCGCAUGUGGUGCGGCCUUGUGUGUGCGCCGAAUCAGGCCGACUUCAUGAAGAUGCACUUACCGUACCCGAGCAACAACUACCGUCUCGACUCGAUGACGGGGAAGGACCACGUCAAGGUGCUUGAGAUGGACGUGAACCUCGCCAAGCCGUUCACUUGCGCACUAUUUGACUCGUGCAAGCACACGGCGAUCGCAAGCAUGUCGGACGCCUUCAAGUCGUCGCUCGGUUUUCUCAACUACCAGGGACAGACCGGCGCCGUCGGCCAUGGCGAAUAUCUCUUUUUCCACUUUGGUGCCAAUAGCUCGUACUUCAACACGUCAGCGCUUCGCUGCGACAACUACUCUGAAGUCACGGCGCCCGACGUGUAUCACCGGCUGCCGGCCCAAGCCCAGCGUCUGCCGUCGAUGGCCAAUCCAUUGGCGCCCAAGCAGUGUCCGUGUGGCGCCUGCCGAGCGACGUGCAGUGCAGACAGCGGCGCGUCGGCGCACAUCAUGUUGCGAGACAACCCGAUCGGGUUCUGGACCGGCUUCAACGUGCAGCUUGUGAGCGUCGUGUACGCUGGUAUUGCACUCCUCACGGGCGCUCUCUACUGGAAGCACCGCCUCGUGUAGCUUCAUUUCGAUUGUUAUUCUCUUGAUAACGACGAACGCUCGUCUUGGCACUCAA